AUGCGAGCCAUAAAUAAACGACGUGCCGUUUUACUGCGAUCUCUUCUCCGUCGCCGAUUCCUCCCGUCGAUUCUCAAUUCUCCGUGUUCUCUCAUCGCCUCUUCCAUCUUCGUUGUCUCGAGUCAUCCUCACCCGUAUUCCAUAGCGCCAUUCAGUUUUCAAAUUCGUCUUGCUCUUCGUCCUUUCGCGGAGAAUCCGAUGGAUCCGCAGACGCAGAACACUUCGUUGCAGCGACUCCAGAAUGUCGAGAGGAGAGUUGUGAGGGUUUUGGAUAUAGCUGGAGGAGUGAUGGAAGAACUGGCGAGCCCUUCUGGGCCAAAGAAAGAGUUCGUCAACAGUCAUUGCCGAGAGUUCAUGCAAUCCAUGAAGGAUAUUCAAGUCACACUAAGGGAAGAGAUCAAGAGCGCGUGCGAGUACCGCCCCUUUGAGAAAUGUGAUUACAAAGCGAGAAUAGCUAAUGAGAUCUGCUUCCAGAAGCUUGAGUAUGUUCUCUCCCAGCUUGAUGAUCUUAAAGAAACCGCAGACCGGUAUCCUUCUUCCGACUGA